CGCAACAGUUUCAUCUGGGCUUUCGGCUCCGUUGCACGCGUCACUCGCAGCUGGUUUUUUGGGCCGUCUUUGCGGAAUACUGUUCGCCAUUAUACCAUUAUAGCCUUUAAGUUUGGGCCAAACUCGUUUCGGUCGUGUUGUGUUGUGUUGUGAUCCGUGUGUACUAUUUAAGAUCUCGUAUUUUCCCAGACACACCAUUAGCGAUUCAGUAGACUCUUGUGCAUCAUUCAUGAAUGCAAAAACAGACGAUACCUUAAGCAUAUCACCUGGCCCAUCUAGCCGAAAUUGGUAACAAUUUUCAAUGUCAGCGCUUCGGAUGCUAAUCUCCUAGUCUUUUGUUUCGAGCCAGCUACUCAAAGCUGCGCAGCAAGACGGGAAAUUUGUGGCGUUAAUUUUCGAUUUGAUGGGAAAUCUACUGCGCUAAUUUCCGAUUUGAUGGGAAAUCCAGUGUGCUAAUUUCUGAUAUCCCCCCCCACUGUAUGAGCUCGCAGACCCUGGCUCCUCAUCUCGCAAUUUGAAACCUGCCUAACUGGAAUUGCGUUCAAGUAGAACGCGUCAAGUGUCUCUAGAAUUCAGUUCAAGGCUCCUUACGUUAUUUUCUGAUCUUCGAAGAAUUGCAUUAUCUUCGCGAAUCUGUGGGCUCUUCUUCCGUUUUAAGCAAUUUGCGAAUGUCAAGGUGAAGGUCGGCCAGGUGAUCAAUAAAUAAAUAAAUACAUAUAUGGAUAUGUAUAGCCGAUCAUCGCGGGGAAGUCUAGAAACUCGAUGCAGUUGAGCCGGUUCCGAGUCACUUGUGUCUCGCUAAUAAAUUGAAAUCUCUACGCUUUUUUCUUCUUAUAAAUAGAGGGCACAAUUUUGCAUUUGGCAAACUGAAAACAGAAAAAGCACAUAGCUUAAUAGAAUCGCUGAAUAAUUUCAGUUAAGCCAGAGCAGCAACAAUUGCAAAAUGAGAGUACCUACCAUGCUGUCGGACAUCGACCAACUGCCCACGCUCCAGGUGGGCGACCACACGCUCCAGUUCGAGUUGGGCGAGCCGACUGCCCAGGGCAAGGAGGUGGCCAUCAAGGAGCUGCGCGAAACGCCCGAGCGCCAGAAGGAGGCCGCCAAGGAGCUGGCCCGUCUUCUAGAGGCGGAGACGGACUUGCUGUACCCCAAGGGAAACGAGGAGUGGCUGAUCAGAUACCUGCGGCCCUGCAAGUAUUACCCGGAAAGUGCCCGGGAUCUGAUUAAGCGGUACUACGCCUUCAAGGUGAAGCACGCGGAUGUGUACACCGACCUGAAGCCAUCGAACGAGGCCAACAUCUUCAAGCACAACAUCCUCACCGUCUUCCCCAACCGAGAUCAACUGGGUCGCCGCAUUUUGGUCCUCGAACUGGGCAAGCGCUGGAAGCACAAGCAGGUCACCCUGGAUGAGGUGUUCAAGGGAGCUGUGCUCUUCCUGGAGGCGGCCAUGCUGGAGCCGGAAACGCAGAUCUGCGGAGCAGUUGUGAUCUUCGACAUGGAUGGCCUCAGUCUGCAGCAAACGUGGCAGUUUACGCCUCCGUUCGCCAAGCGCAUUGUGGACUGGCUGCAGGACUCGGUGCCGCUCCGGAUCAAGGCCAUUCACAUCGUGAACCAGCCGAAGAUCUUCCAGGUGGUCUUCGCCCUGUUCAAGCCCUUCCUCAAGGAGAAGCUGCGCAGCAGGAUCAUCUUCCACGGCACCGAUCGCGAGUCCCUGCACAAGUACAUGUCGCCCAAGUGCCUGCCAGCCGCCUACGGAGGAUUCCGGGAGGCCAGCCGCAUCGACAGUGACCAGUGGUACCAGCUGCUGCUCAAGUGCGACACCGAGUUCGACACCAUCAACUCGUACGGCUACAGGAAAAAGUGAUCUGUGGCCACCGGCCAGGUGCUGCUCGUGAUAAUCAACUCCACUCGUUUCCACACGUCUUCACAUUAAGCCCAAGUGGAUCGUUAUAGUUAAGCACUCGAUCUACCAUACGCUUGUCCUGUUAGUGAGUAGCGCCUAGAGUUUGCCUUAGUCUUAACCAGGAUCGGAGUGUCGAUCGCAGCCAGAAGAAGUGUUAUACCUA